CCUCAGAGCUUUCAGUCAUGAAGAUAAGGACUAGUGUAUACACAGUGCUCCGCUUCUCCCUCCUUAUCAUUGGCUUUGCUCUGGUGUGCCUGGGAGCCUUCUAUGUGUCCUCAAGCUACUCUUGUAACUGUCGAAGCGAGACCAUUGUGGCAUAUACCCUAAUGCCUUUAGGAUUUGUUCUUCUUUUGAUUGGGAUUUUUUGGAGCACAUAUUAUGAGGCUAACCACAAAAGUCUGUUCCAAAAUGUCAUUAGACAUAUUCAUAGCCAACAACAAGUCCAUAUUGAGACUGUAGACAGGCCUGAUUAUUACCCUCCGUCAUAUGACAGUGUGAUACAGGACAUGACUCAGAAUUCUACCACUACCUGUCACAUCAAUAUGGACACAAUAAGCUUCAACAUCCCUCCUCCUCUGUACACUGAGUCUGCCCUGGAAAUUGUGGAUGAAACGUAUAUAAGCGAAGAGCCUCCUCCCUCUUAUGAAGUUUCUGUGCAAGCGACCACCUCAAGAUCAACAGCCGUUGCAGAAGGUUUACAGGAGGCUGAAAGUCUUAAUAAUGUGGAGGCAAAUGACUGAGUGCAUGAACUAUUGACAAAAUGUCAGAGAUGUAGAGCUGCCAACUGACCAGUGCUGUACUGGAAAAAGUAAUGUUGGCAUUGCCACAGCUCGCUGCCAGUAAAGUGAGAUGUAACUACUGUAGCAGAAUAAUCCCAGUCUGGUGGGAAGCAGUAGAGUGUACCGGUAUAUUUGAGUCACGUGACCUAAAAACAGAGUACAGAUAAACGGAAGCUUUGGUUGAUAGAGGUUCUGCAUGCAUCAAAUAUGUCUGUAUUGAGAGGAGAUUAUUUUUUACCAAGGAAAAGUGACUGUAGUGAAUGUAAACUAUAGAGAUGGAACAGCUAAUUUAAAGGGGUGUUCCAGGCAAAAACUUUUUUAUAUAUAUCAACUGGC